AUGGCUGAAGGCGCGAACGUCAUGCAUCACUGCAACGAGGUCCUCAACAUCUCCGCCAAGCUUAGCGGCAUAGGUGCGAAGAUGGAAGACGAAGACGUUGCAAUUUGUCUGCUACUCAGUCUUCCGAAGAGCUACGAAAAUGUGGUGCACAACAUGGAAAUGAGCAGCACCGAGCUUCGCACUCAAGAUGUGGUGAGAGUCCUGACGAAUGAGCAUGCCAAGCGUCGAGGAGAAAAAGGGACAACGACAGCGACUACGGUGAAGGCUGAAGAUGCAAGCAAGGCAUUCAGCGCCGAGCGUGAGCCCUACCAAUGCACGUAUUGUGGCAAGGUGGGACACACGGUGGAUCGUUGCUGGACAAAGCAGAAGAACGAAGGUCGGGGAGCCUGUUGA